UGUCGCUAGCGAAUGGACAGACAACAUGGAGGACCAGCGGGAUGUUCAAACUUCCAGGAGAAACGGGAGCUCCCGGUCGUUGUUAUCGGCCGGUUCUGCCGUGGCGAUGGAGAUUAAACGGAAGAAAAUACGACAAAGCGCAUUAUUCCUACAAACAGAGAACAAAAGCAUGAAACGAUGCCCCAGUCUCCUGAAUGACACUCUGCAGAUAGUAGAGGACAUGAAUUUGUUGUACAUACGACAGAUUUCUAAGAAGCUACAGAAGAACACGAACAUACAGGAAAAGCUCGACUUUGAGAUGCGAAUGCGCGAGGGUGCCUACAAGCUGCUGCUCGCCUGCAGUAAGAGAGAGCAGGUUCUCAACGCCUCCAAGAACCUGCAGACCUGUAACGCCAGGAUCAAGGCUUAUCUCUCACAGCUGCAGAAGAAGAAAGAGGAGCAGGACGCGAUGGGAGCAGUUAUGAAACUUUCAGAUCCAGUUUCAGAUGAGCGUGUAUCCUGUAAUGGGACAAUUGCAGUGUCUGGGCUGCGCUUUCCUUUGAUGUGGAGGGAUUCAGCCUACUUUAACAACAGAGGGAGCUCCCGUCGAGUUGCGGUGUUCUGUCUGAUGCAGAUUGGCUCCGAGGUGUUUGACACAGAGAUGGUGGUGGUGGACAGAUCAGUCACUGACAUCUGCUUUGAGGGAGUCACCAUCUUUAAAGACGCAGAUCCUUACUUUGAGCUGAAGGUGGAGCUGUGGAGCUGUGCCGUGGAGGAAGAGCUCACCUUGGUAAACACGCCAAAGAAGUUGGCAAAGAAGCUCCGCAGCUCCUUUGGAAAGACCGCUGGGAAGAAGCUGUGCCCUCUGCUGGACAGUCCAGACCCUGACACCUUCCUGCAGUACAACCCCAUACCCGUCGGAGCCAAGUACAGCCUGCUGGCCUACACUACACUGAGCCUGCCCGAGGCAGACGGCAGCUUUCAGUCUCACUCUCUCAUUGUCCUCCAAGACGCUGAGUGGUCAUCUUGGCUCCCCCUGUAUGGCAACCUCUGCUGCCGCUUGGUGGCCCAGCCUACCUGCAUGACACAGAGCAUGAUGAGCGGCUACCUGAGCCAGAAGCAAAGUGUGGAGGGGAUCUAUCGCUGCUGCAGUCUGUACUGUGUGCUGAGCGCUGGACUUUUGUCCUGUUACUUCACCCUGGAGGAAAUUGAUGCUAAAGUGCAGCCCACCCUCAACGUACCCAUCAACAAGGACACCCGGAUCCGUGUGAUGGAGAAGGACUCAGCAGGCCAGAAAUCCAGGAGUCUGUCCAUCAGCAACCCUUCACCAGACGGGUCUGAGACCAUUGUCUUCACCACGGAAACCAGGGAGGAGCUGGAGGACUGGCUGGACGCCCUCCAUCAGCACCUCUAUGAUCAGAGCCAGUGGCUGCACUGCUGCAACCAGCUAAUGAAGAUUGAGGUCGUGUCACCACGGAAACCAUCACUCUUCCUCACCAAGCAGGCUGACUCUGUUUACAAUGACCUCAGUAUAAAUUCACCCGGCAAGUUUGAGAGCAUCACAGACAUGAUCCACAACAAGAUAGAGGAGACAGACGGCCGCUAUCUUAUAGGUCAUGAGGAGGAGAAGGAAGUGCCUAAUUGGUCCACUCUGUUUGACGGGUCCCAUUCAAUGGUAGUAGUGCAGAAGGGUGUUCUGUCCCAGAGCAAAACCUCCACCCCUUACUCAAGCCCCAACCCCAACACCAGCUCUACGUCCAUCGGGAGCAAGAAGCGUCGUGCCCCGCCCCCUCCCUCCGACAGAGAGCCUUACGCUCCUCCCAGCCGCCCUGCCAGACCUCCACUCCCUGCCUCUCUUCCUCCUCCUCUUCCUUCAUACCAGGAGAAGGAGAACUCCGGCACUUGCACUUCACGCCCAGCUGCAAGGUCCAAAACUGGCAGACCAUCUCUGGACGCCAAAUUCUCUGCCAUCAUCCAGCAGCUCCAGCGGAGCAACGCAGGAGGAGCUGGAGCCAUCAGCCGGAAAAACGCUCCACUGGGCGUCCUCGACAUACAACCACACAGCCAGCCUCAGCCUCCUCUCCAGCAGCUGGAGCACCACAACCACCACUCCCAGCACGCUGAAGCCGCAGGUGAACACGGCUUCCUCAGAGCGAGUCACGGUCCUGGUCCUGGUCCUGUUCCCGCACCGAGGAGCAAACUGAGGAAGUCUUUCAGAGAGAGGAUGAACCUUAAAGCCUUGUGACCUCCACCUGCAACAUUAGCUGAAUUUAACCAACUAAACUUACUGUGCCACUAAUACAAAUAACAGAACGUUUCAGCUGAGCUCAGUGACAUUUAUAAAAUCAGAUAUCACAGUAUACUUGACUGCAGCUCAGUAGCAAUAAUGAUAUUUAGAGCAUGACUGUAAAUGUGGACCCACUGGUUUUCCCAUUAACAUCGUUAGCUGCUAGUCGGCCCAGCCACCUCCCUCUGUGUCCUUAUGCUAAGCUAAGCUAGCUAUCUCCAACUCCAACUUAAUGAGCUGAUAGAUAAGAGAGUGGUAUCGAUCCUCUCAUCAUAUUUCCCAAACUGUUGACCUAUUUCUUUAACCUAAAGGACGGGUGGGUGACCUGCUCACUUAAACAAAGAUCCUCACAGUGUCCAUCAUGACGACCCAAAUCCCAGCUGACACCUCAUAUCACAAUAUCAGUACUGUAUUGAUGCAUCUGCAGCUCCACUGUCCAUUUAUAAACUCUUUCAUGUGCAGCUAACCCGUAGAUGAAAUUGAAAGCUGUAUGUUGGCUCGAGCGCCGCCGUCAUCAAUCCCACUAAAAUGGAAAGGCUUAUUUCUCAGCUCUGCCACUGGAACAUGGGCCGAAGAAAGAGCCUUUGCAAAAGCACUCAAAUUGGAAUUGAUCCAUUGGCCGACUGUGAACGAGUCAUUCCUUUUGGAACUAUUGACUUAUUCCACUUACUGUGACAACUUUAUGACCACUAUAGCUGAUUUUAAGGGAGCAGGAUUUUAGGAGCAAUCGCAAGCACUAAUGUGACUUCUCCAUUUCCCAGAGGUCCUAAUAAUGGAGUGACCUUGGUUUUCAGUGGCUACACACUAUGUCCAACAUAAUUUAACACUGCAGCCUGUAAAUGCUAUGUGCAUAAAUGAAUGAAUGAGUCUUUUGAGUGGCUGAAAUAAUGAAUGCCCUUGUGUUUGUGUUUUGAACAUAUCCAAUACUGCCAGCCACUAAAUAUUUCAACCACUUAACAGUCACGUGUUGAAGAAUGGUCUUCGUAAUUACACACAGUGUACAAAACAUUAGCUUCAGCUACUUUCUCUGAAAUUGCCUGGCAAGAUGAAGCAUUACGGUGAAAGCUACAAUCCCAUUUUUUUAUAUCUCACCCUCUAAAAUUCUGUUUAAUCAAGAGGGGGAGAUGUAGAUUUGGGGGGAGGCGGAUUACAGGAGGAUUUAGUUUAAGCCUUGAAAGAACCAAGAAUGGAUUGUACAAAAGGGGAUGCUGCUCAAUAUUAGCAGCAAGUUCAAAAUGUUUUCCAUGCCUGGUGUGUAUUACCAACACAUUAGUCACUUUGAUGUUGAACUGUAUAUACAUGGACAAACAAGGGAAGGUUCUCGGAUCAAACUUCACAGCAUCUGUUUUUAUUGACGCUGAAACACCUUGGACUGUGUGAUAAUGGCUGAAAUCAUCACAAUAUCCUGUUGCACUUCCUGUAACAUCUUGGCCAUUUUCAGUUGUGCUUAGUGUGCGAGAGACUAAAGGAUAUUAAAUUACACACCGAUGUUAGUGACAGUUAUGGUGAAAGCUAACAUUAGCAUACAGUAUUUCAGAUUAACUGUGUAGCUGUGGUGAAAGCAGGACAUGUUGCUCCUGCAGAUAUUAAAGGGACAGUUCACCCCAAAAUCAAAAAUACAAUAAAUUUCUUACAGGAACUUUAUUUCUACGGAACUACAGUGGCCAACCAUAUCACCUUGCAGAAGGGAGCGUGCAUCUACUCAUGGAUGAGAGGCUCGUGCUCGUGAUGUAAACAUAUUGCCACCCUCCGUGGCUGAGCUGUAACUUCAGCUAGCUCAGUGGGCAGUGAGCAAUUUCAUGUAGGAACUAAUUCUUUCUACCAAACUACACCCACUAACUGUAUCACCGUGCAGAAGGAAGCGUGCAUCUACUCAUGGAUGAGAGGCUCGUGCCCAUGACAGUGCAAGAUGUAAACAUAUUGGCACCUUCCUUGGCUGAGCUGUAACUUUAGCUAGCUCAAUGGUGCUAGGUGAGCUAGCAGUAGAUGCAUGCUUCCCUCUUCGUAGUAAAACAGUGAAGACUUUCAUGAACUAUUUUCUUUCUACCAAACCACACCCACCAACUGUAUCACUGCUCAGAAGGAAGCGUGCAUCUACUGCUAGCUCAGCUAGCACCACUGAGUUAGCUAACAUUACAUCUCAUUUUAGGAGGACGCCAUUAAUGUUUACAUCUGGCGCUGUCACAAACACGAGCCUCUCAUCCAUGAGUAGAUGCACACUUCCUUCUGCGCUGUGAUAUAGUUACAAGUUCCUUCAAGCAGCUGCUCACAACAAGGUCUGUGAAUUAUCUUGAGUAACUGGGUCAUGACUUCUGUAUAGACACAUUGCUGUUGUUUUUUGUCACGUUGAGCACCACAAGCUGAGUGUCAUCUAAUUCCAUUAUAUUGGAGAGAAGGCAGACAUCUCUACGGCUGAUAUCUCCAACACUCGCCAGCUCACUCCAAAACAGUCUAGACUGAUAAACAGCACUACAGGUAAAAUUGUGUUUUUGAUUUUGGAGUAAACGGUCCCUUUAAGCUUGAUGAACAUGUAGUCUAGCUGCUUUAUGACUGAACAACGACUGAAUGUUUUGAUCAGAGCCAAACUAAUGAGCCCAAUUUAUAUUAAUAUACAGUGUUUUUUAUGUCUUUACGGUUAUUAAUUACACACAAGAGCAAUAACUUGUAGUUUUUUGUAUAGUUUUUGAUUAAGAUGUUCUGUAAUUCCUUUUGAUCAUAUGUUACUUUCAGCAUGUGAAUUAUUUAGACUAUGUGGUCUGUCUUUAUGUACUAGUAAGUAGAGAUACAUUAAUCUUGUGCUAGUGCAGAAUAAUUUGUGCAUAGUGUAAUGUAAGAAAUAUAUCUUUGUUUCUCAAAAAAGUGCAAUUUCUCUCCUCGCUAUUUUCACUGUUGUCUGGGAAGCUAACUGUAUUUUUUAUUAUUGCUGAUCUGCAAUAAAACGGC